GUUGAACUGGUCACUUGGCCCGUUCAUUUGAAUUCGAUUUUCAUUUGGGCCGUGGUUUUCGUCGCACUAAUGUCUAGUGGUCAAAAGUUGCUAAGGGAAUUCAGUGGAAUCGAUAAAAUCUAUGUCGUUAAGCGAGAUGGCAGGAACGAAGCAAUUCACUGCGAAAAAAUUACAAAACGUAUACGUGCUAUGUGCUAUGGGUUGAACGAGUCAUACAUUGACGUGGUAAGUGCAUCAAUGUUAUAUGACACAAUUCUCCACAUUUAACUGAAUGGUUCUGAUCGCCCUGAAGAUGUGUCAAGUAAUAUCUGCAUAGGGGUUAUGGAAAGUUGUGUAUGUUACUAUGCUCACAAGACAAUUAGCUUUUCGUGACUAACAAAUUUUUCGGCGUUUCCUGGGUUUCUUUUUCUGCUACUACUUAGCCGAUGGAACUGACAAUCUUAUCCUAAGGAUGGAGAAGAGAUUUUGGAGUGGAAAUGGAGCCUUAUGAAGCGGUAACCAAGCGUGUAGUGUCUGGCUUAUACCCUGGAGUGACUACUGUAGAAUUGGAUAAUCUGGCAGCCGAGACAUGCGCAAGCAUGAUUACAAAACAUCAUGAAUAUGCCAUUUUGGCUGCUCGUCUUACCGUUUCAAAUCUACACAAGGAAACGAAAUCUAGGUUUUCAGAUGUUGUUGAAGAUUUAUAUUGCUACAUUAAUCCUCGAACCAAGAAACAUUCUCCUUUAGUAUCAAAAAGUCUUCGCGAUUUCGUUAGAGAAAAUGCUGAGCGACUGAAUGAUGCAAUUGACUACCAGCGAGAUUACACGUACAAUUAUUUUGGGUUUAAGACUCUAGAGAGGUCUUACCUUUUAAAAAUAAAUGGGAAGGUUCAUGAGCGCCCACAGCAUAUGUUAAUGCGGGUAUCAAUUGGGAUACAUACGUCUGACAUCGACAGUGCCAUCGAGACGUAUAACUUAAUGUCUGAAAAGUGGUUUACACAUGCUUCACCGACACUUUUUAACGCUGGGACUCCUAAACCACAGCUUUCGAGUUGUUUUCUCAUCACUAUGAAAGACGAUAGUAUAGAAGGCAUUUACGAUACGCUGAAAGAAUGUGCAGUUAUAUCUAAAAAUGCCGGGGGUAUUGGACUAAAUGUUCAUAACAUUCGCAGUCGUGGGACCUACAUAGCUGGAACAAAUGGAGAUUCAAAUGGUAUUGUCCCGAUGUUGCGCGUAUUCAAUAGCACUGCGCGAUAUGUCGACCAAGGAGGUAACAAGCGUCCAGGAGCCUUUGCCAUGUACUUAGAACCUUGGCACCCUGAUGUGUUUCAGUUCAUAGAAAUGCGGAAAAAUACUGGCGCCGAAGAAAUUCGUGCACGGGACUUGUUCUUUGCCCUCUGGAUACCUGACUUGUUCAUGCGCCGCGUUGAAUCCAACGAUAAGUGGACACUCAUGGAUCCUCAUGAGUGUCCAGGCUUGCCUGAAGUAUGGGGUGAAGAUUUCGACACUUUGUAUGAAAAAUAUGAGCGUGAAGGUCGUGGCAAACAAACAGUUAAAGCCCAAGAGCUAUGGUACGCUAUUAUUGAAUGUCAGAUUGAAACAGGCAAUCCAUUCAUGUUGUACAAGGAUUCUUGCAAUCGUAAAUCAAAUCACCAGCAUCUAGGCACAAUUCGUUGCAGCAAUCUAUGCACGGAAAUAGUUGAGUAUUCUUCACCAGACGAAACAGCUGUCUGUAAUUUGGCUUCUAUUUCACUGGGAAAAUUUGUUAAUCGAGAUAAUCUUACGUUCGAUUUUGCUAAGCUACAAGAAGUUACAAAAGUCGUAACCAAAAAUUUAAACAAGGUCAUUGAUGUUACCUUUUAUCCAGUUGAAGAGGCUCGCAGAUCAAACAUGCGUCAUCGGCCGAUUGGUAUUGGGGUUCAAGGUCUGGCAGAUGCAUUUUGUCUUUUGAGGUAUCCCUUUGAUAGUCCAGAAGCGGCUGACCUUAAUAAACGUAUAUUUGAAACAAUGUACUUUGCAUCUCUGGAUGCGUCAUGCCAGCUAGCAGUUGACCAAGGGACAUAUGAAUCAUAUCAAGGUUCUCCUGUCAGUAAGGGUAUACUUCAACCUGAUAUGUGGGGUGUAGAUACGGAGGAGCUUUCCAAGGUGUCUGGUUUAGAUUGGAGUGGAUUACGUGCUCGAAUAAAUAAGUAUGGUCUGCGCAAUAGUCUCCUGUUGGCCCCUAUGCCAACAGCAUCAACAUCUCAGAUUCUUGGGAACAAUGAGUCGACUGAACCUUUCACAAGCAACGUAUUUUCUCGCCGUGUGUUGAGUGGUGAAUUCCAGAUUGUGAACCCAUAUCUUCUUGAUGAUCUUACUAAAUUAGGGUUGUGGUCGGAAGAACUUAAAACAGCGAUUGUUUUGAAUCAGGGUUCUAUUCAACAUAUCGACGGAAUUCCUAAGGAGCUAAAACCUUUGUACAAGACAGUAUGGGAGAUUUCACAAAAGAAGAUUAUCGAUAUGGCUGCAGGUCGUGCCCCAUUUAUUGACCAGAGCCAGUCUCUUAACCUACAUCUCGCUCAACCGAACUAUGGAAAAAUAACAAGUAUGCAUUUCUAUACUUGGAGAAAGGGUCUGAAAACAGGUAUGUACUAUCUGCGAACACGACCUGCUGCUGAUCCUAUUAAAUUCAGUGUAGACAAAACUAUUCUGCGAGUGCUUACUGAUUCUACUACAAAAACAAAUGAGCCUCAAAACAAUGAUUCAAUUGAUCAAACUGUUGAAGCUAUAGAAGAACUUCGAAUAAUCGAGGAAAUACAGAAACGGAAUUUGGACUCAAUCGCUUGUAGUCUGAACAAUCCCGAAGGAUGCUUAAGCUGCCAAGGAUAAUAUAACCUAAUUUUUAAAAAUUUAUUUUUGUCAAUGUGUUUUCUAACUGUAACUAUAUUCAGAAAAAUUUUAUAAACGAAGAGUUUUAUGUUUACUUUGUCAAUAGUAUUAUGUAUUGAUAUUAUAUUAUUUAAUCACUUU